CAUUACGAUGUACGACUAGUCUCUCUUCUCGUCCACUCUCCGACCUGGCGGUCCUGGUAAGGCUCUAAUAAGGAAACCAAGACAGGACACGUGUUAUCUUAUUAUUCGCUAACUUUCCAUCAGAUGACGCUGCAGCUGGCCUGGACCGGACCGGUUCUGUGGUUUUAUCCUCUUUCCUUCUCUUUCCUCAUGCGUCUUUUUCUAUCAACGGAGAUCUCACCGGCGACAACGAAACCCCUAAAUCGGAGCUUUCACAGCUCUUAGAGGAAAUGAUGAGGCUGCAAACAUACGCGGGACUCAGUUUAGUCAGCGCAAUUGCGAUUAUUUAUCAUGCUUUUAAUACCAGAGGCCAAUUUUACCCAGCAAUGGUAUAUUUAUCGACCUCCAAGAUCAGUCUGGUUCUUCUCCUGAACAUGGGUCUGGUCAUCAUGUGCAUCUUAUGGCAGUUAACUAAGAAGGUGUUCCUUGGUUCACUCCGGGAAGCAGAGGUUGAGAGGCUGAAUGAACAGUCUUGGAGGGAGGUUAUGGAAAUCCUCUUUGCUAUCACAAUAUUUCGACAGGAUUUUUCUGUUACUUUUCUUGCAAUGGUCACUGCUCUCCUUCUGAUUAAGGCUUUGCACUGGUUGGCUCAGAAGAGGGUUGAGUACAUUGAGACAACCCCAUCUGUUCCCAUGCUUUCUCACAUUCGGAUUGUUUCUUUUUUGGGGUUUCUUCUCAUUCUGGAUAGUCUCUUCCUGUACAGUUCCUUAAAGUAUUUGAUACAAACAUGGCAAUCUUCCGUUUCUCUCUUCUUUGCGUUUGAGUAUAUGAUACUGGCAACAACAACAGUGUCUACAUUUGUGAAAUAUGUUUUCUAUGUCAGUGACAUGUUGAUGGAAGGACAAUGGGAGAAAAAGGCUGUCUACACCUUCUAUUUGGAACUUAUUCGUGACCUGCUUCACUUGUCUAUGUAUCUAUGCUUCUUCCUUGUGAUUUUCAUGUAAGUAACUAAUUUGUCUCUUGACUUUCCAUUA